GAGUGGAGAGAAGGGAGGAGAGCGCUGGAAUUGUUUUUGGCCGAGAGUAACAACAGCAGCAGAUGCUUGAAGAUAAUUGUCGAAGGAAGAUUUUUUUUCCGAUCCCCUUCAAGGGUCCCGAGGUUAUCCUCCCGAUGACAAGGAUGACUGACGAGCGCACAUAUUAACAUUUUUAACAUUGAAAAUCCAGAUGGACCCAUAACAACGGGGAAAAGAAGACUUAACCCAAGAAGACAGGGAAUUUAAAGGGGACAUUAUGAACACCACAGAUCACCAUGGAUUAAUCCAAGGCUUCUAUAACAGGAGCCAAACCUCAGGCAUUUUGCCACUUAACAAAGACUUAUCAACGGAGGAGAAGGACUCGUCGGCAGGAUGCUACGAGCAGCUGCUGAUUUCCACAGAGGUUUUCCUCACUCUGGGCAUCAUCAGCCUGCUGGAGAACAUCCUGGUUGUUGCUGCUAUUGUCAAAAACAAGAACCUUCACUCGCCCAUGUACUUUUUCAUCUGUAGCCUCGCUGUAGCUGACAUGCUUGUCAGUGUCUCCAACGCCUCAGAGACUAUCGUCAUAGCGCUCAUCAACGGAGGCAACCUGACCAUCCCCGUCACGUUGAUCAAAAGCAUGGACAAUGUGUUUGACUCCAUGAUCUGUAGCUCUCUGUUAGCGUCCAUCUGCAGCUUGCUGGCCAUCGCCAUUGAUCGCUACAUCACCAUCUUCUACGCGCUGCGAUACCACAACAUCGUCACCGUGCGAAGAGCAAUUUUGGUCAUCAGCAGCAUCUGGACGUGCUGCAUCGUGUCGGGCAUCCUGUUCAUCAUCUACUCAGAGAGCACCACCGUGCUCGUCUGCCUCAUCACCAUGUUCUUCACCAUGCUGGUGCUCAUGGCUUCGCUGUACGUCCACAUGUUCCUGCUGGCGCGUCUGCACAUGAAGCGCAUCGCCGCGCUGCCGGGCAACGCGCCCAUCCAUCAGCGAGCCAACAUGAAGGGCGCCAUCACCCUCACCAUCCUCCUCGGGGUGUUCGUGGUGUGCUGGGCACCCUUUUUCCUCCACCUCAUCCUCAUGAUCACCUGCCCCAGGAACCCCUACUGCACCUGUUUCAUGUCCCACUUCAACAUGUACCUCAUCCUUAUCAUGUGCAACUCCGUCAUUGACCCCAUCAUCUACGCCUUUCGCAGCCAAGAAAUGAGAAAAACCUUCAAAGAGAUUUUCUGCUGCUCGCACGCUCUCUUGUGCGUGUGAGCCGCCUGUUAAGUGUGAGCAGAGCUUCGACUCUGACAGCUGCAAUCAGCAAUUUAAAUGUAACUUGGCUGACAAGGACUUUGAGAUCUGUGAGCAGUAAUCACUGUGGACUCAUCACUGUGGCUCUGUUGUGCCCAGUGUUCUCGCAGUCGGCUGUUAAUGAUUGAUAGGUAGGGUGCUCUCCUUUGUUUAUGUGAGUCAGGUUGCUGAAGAGGUAGGUUUACAGACACCUUGUAAAAUAGAGUACAGCUCUGUAGACAAAUGCUCUUUUUUUUUGUAGUAAACGCCGCUCUAAAGUGCAAUUUGAAGUAAAUGUUACCGGCAUGUAUAUAACCAAUACACAUGCUCAAACUGUGGUUCAUUUACCAAUCUUUUCUCUUUCUCUUUCUCACUCUGAACUCUUGUCUGUCACACUUCUCUUGCUGUUCACUGUCAAAGAAAAUAAUAUGGUUAUCUUAAAGAUCUUCGUGUAUCUACAUGAAUUAUGGCACCUAAAUGUCACAGCUGUUGCAACAGCAGCUUGUCCUUUAGAUAUCUAGCAAAGAGAUUAACAUAGUAUUCGACAGACUACCUCCAUGUUUGAGAGUGCAAUCCACCUCAUAACAGAACAAAUGAGAUCAUUUUGCACACUGCAAGCAAAGAUAGAAAGAUGUGUACCCCUGUCAUAUACUAUUGUUGUUUUGCAUUGCAAUGAAUGUAAAUAUCUGUACAUCUGUAAUUUUUUCAUUACGCCUCACUGAUUUGUGAUUAUGUACCAAUCAUGAAGGAGAUGAAGGCAGUGUAUCCUGCUCAACAAAAGUGGGAUGUUUACCUUUUUUACAAAUGUGGCAUUUUUGUAAGUUAGAGGUACAACUGUUAGAAAGCUAACACAGGGUACACAUACAUUGAAAAGGACUACUUUGUGGAAAUGAUGAUUAUGUGUGAUUUUCCAAGCUGCUCUAAACGGAUAAGUAACACUGAGAUCAAACUAGAUGCUUCUAGAAAUCACAAAACAAGAGCACAAACAAAACAUACCACAUCUCCACUCUUUGCUGAUCUGCUGUUUCCCGUGUCUAACCCACUCAGCGUAGUAACCACAGGCUAUUGACUGGGAUCUAAAAUGCAGUGGGUUGUAAAAUCACUGGGUUACAUGUUUACAGCAAUGAGGGUAAUACGUACAUGCCCUCAGUAUGAAUGGUAUGGAAAACAAAUGACAGAAAAUAGAUGAUUUAGAGUUUAACUUUAAAAUGGAAAAAGCAGGAAAAUGUCGGUGUAUUUCUCAGGCACAAAAGAUGGUGUAGAUGUAGUUUAGUUUAUCUGCACCUAUAGACAAAUGGGAAAAACAAUUCAGGGUGACCAAGAACCUUUCCUCCAGUGUGUAAUCCCCAGUUUUUAGCACUUUACACCCUUACCUGAUCAGGGAUGCAGUUUUUGUUGACCCUCACCACUGAUUUCCCCUUUGAAGCAGGGCAGCAGAAAAGAUUUUAUUUUAUCCCAGGGAUGAAGAGAAAGUCUUUUAAUGUUUGCAAUUCGUGAUUUACGUCUGAGCGAAUAGCUAAAACAGACCAAAGGCCUGUACUACGAAGCAAGAUCAACAUGCCCUGGAUUUAUUUCCGUUACCCAAUCCAGCGAUGCGCACGUUCACAUAAAAGAGACGGCGUUUGCUCCAUAUGACCAAUCGCAACCAUGGACAAGUCUACCAAAGCCGCAUAUUUU